AUGAUAGUAGAGACCCAUUCUUGGAGACUUUUUGUUGCUACCUACCUAACUCGAGAAGGACUACUUCUAGCAAACGAAAGAGAACUUUUUUGGAAAAAUAGCAGAUUCUUGAUCAGCAGUGUAGGAUCUACAUUAGGGAAAACUGAGACCCAUUCUACAUUUACACUUUAUGAACACAGAGCACUUGUACUGAUCAGCAGAUUCUUCAGAUUGUACUACAUGGGACACAACAAGAGUUUUCACUCGAUCUCGUUCAUCUUCCUCCAAUUCUGUUGUUCCAUCCACUGCGUUAGAAGCAGUUUCGACGAUGAUCUAGCCGCCAUUCUUCAAGACCAUGCUUUCAAAGCUCUAACCAAUGAGCGUCCACAUACUGGAGCCCUACACAAUGCAAGUCUCCCAGCAAGCUUAGCUGGCAUUAAGGUUUCGGCUGUCGGGCUCAGAAGCAAAACCUUGUGGAGAAAUGGUGCAAAUUUUAGUGGUUUUCAUAUCCCUCCAAAAUCUCUACCAGUGCCUUAUGUGAGGAGAAUUCUUAUUGUGUACCAUGAUCUUGGCAACUGGUCUUCUUUAUACUACAACUUAUCAGGUUAUUCUCUGAUCAGCCCCGUUAUUGGAUUUAUGGUUUAUGAUGCAUCCCAUUUGAGCAGCAGAAGCAAAAAUUUCUCGAAACUCGAGCUCAACACAAUGAGGAAACCUAUUUCAAUUGAAUUUCACACUUCAAUGGUCGACAAAGACACUCGAGAAAGAGCAAAAUGUGCUGCAUUUGAUGCUUAUGAGAAUGUGUUUCUAAGUGAAAUGAACUUGCCUAAUGUGUGUUACAGUAAAACUUUAGGCCAUUUUACAAUAGUCAUUCCUAACAAGAAUAAGCAGAAGGUGCGGGUUUUGUGGGUUAUCGUGUUUUUGUUAGGGUUCUUGGGGUUAAUCUUUGUGGGAUUGGGUGCAACUGUAGUUGUAAAAUCUGUAGCAGAAAGGAAAACUCAAGAUAUGGAAAAGGAAGCUGAUGACGGAGAGUUCCUUGAAACAUAUUGGAUUAAUAGCAGCAAAAUGCCUCGUGCAGCAGUAACAAGAACUAAUCCAGUACUCGAGAGUACGAAUCUUCCAAGAUGGACUUGGUAUGGUUAA